AACUCACAACCAUUUCUUCCUCAGAUAUCCUCUCCUCCUGAAGAAGCAGCAGGGCUUCAUCAUGGUGGCUAGUCUUCCUCAAGCCGCGGCUCUUUUCGCUGCGCUCUUGGCCGUCAGCUUCGGCGCGGCGGCUUGGAAGGCCGAGGCUGCAGCGCCGCCGCCGGUCGUGGUUGGCUCGAUCAAGUGCCUGGACUGCUUCCCCAACGACAUCAAUGCCGAAGAUGCCUUCAAAGGCCUUCAGGUAGCGAUCAAGUGCAAAUCCGCCGCCGACGAGAACUACGACUACGAGACGAAGGCGGUCGGCCCCCUCGACGACGUCGGCGUCUUCCGCAUCCCUCUCGCCGCCGAGCUCCUGCGCGACGACGGGAACCUGGACCGUGACUGCUACGCCCAGCUCCACAGCGCGCCUGACACGCCGUGCGUCGGCCAGGCGCCGCCCAGGAUCGCGCCCACCCAAGACGGCACCGCCGCCGCCACCAGCGCCAUCUACCUCGCCGCGGCGGCCGACACCGUGUUCUCCCCCGUCGCGUGCGCCUGCGGCAAGAAGAAGAAGAAGCACUUCAUGUUCGGCCCGCCGCCGCCGCCGCCCAGGCCAACGCCAACGCCGACCCCGAACCCGCCGACGCCGACGUACGGCCCCCCGACACCGACGCCCACGCCCGUACCGGAGCCCAGGCCCCCGGCGCCGGAGGAGCCCGAACCGUUCUUCAAGAAGAAGCCGAAGAUGAAGUUCAUGCACAAGAAGAAGCCGUGCCCGCCGCUCGUCGACGACGACACCACCCGACCUGCGGCAGCCGGGCAGGAGAAGCUACCCAAGAAAUUGAACUAGGGCGCGCGUGCUGGCAGGACUGCAGCAAAGGGCUAAGAUGAUGGCGUGUUUCAGACUCUCAUUGAUGUUCGUUUUUGUUUCGGUGAUGUUGUUGUGUUGUCAGUGACUUAUUGUUUUCGUUCGGUUCGUGCCGUAUGCUGUGGCGCUAUUGGUGUUUCAGUGCCAGUUGUUUGUUUGUGAUUUGAGAAAUAAAGAUAGUGAUUUCUAAAUCAAA